AUGUCUCACUGUGUUUCCAAGGUAACCAUUCAAGGAUAUGAUAUUCAUGAAGCACGUCAUUUGUAUGAUCAGUUAGCAGUUUUCUGUCCCAUUAUGUUGGCAAUGACUGCUGCUUCACCUAUUCACAGAGGGUAUUUAUCUGAUGUUGACUGUCGAUGGGGUGUUGAUGAGAUAUUAGCCAAACAUAUUGCUCAUCUAUUUAUACGUGAUCCUGUUUUUGUGUUUGCAGAGAGUCUUGAACAUGAGGAUAUAGAAAAUGAAUCUGAUCAUUUUGAGGUAUAGAUUAGCACUAAUUGGCAGAGUAUGCGAUUUAAACCUCCUCCUCCUAAUUCAAAUAUUGGUUGGAGAGUAGAAUUUAGAGUCAUGGAAUUACAAGUCACUGAAUUUGAAAAUGCUGCCUUUGCUAUAUUCAUUGUAUUAUUAACACGAGUUAUACUUUCAUUCAAACUAAAUUUCAUUGUGCCAAUAUCAAAGAUGGAGGAGAAUAUGAGAUUGUCUAUAGAACGAGAUGCUAUACAUCGUAAUCUUUUUUUAUUUCCUCUGGAUGUUGAUGUCGAGACCUGGUCUAUGCUGAUGGAGUAUUUAAAAUUUUUGUCUGACAAAGCUUCAGGAGCACUACCGACUACUGCAACCUGGAUAAGACAAUUUGUACAUACACAUCCUGACUACAAGCAUGAUUCAGUUGUUGGUGACAAAAUUGUAUACGAUCUUAUCAAACAUUUAUCUGAAAGAAAAAUUCCAUAA